CAGUCAUAAUCUAAUUGAUUGAUGCAUAAGAGAAUAACGAAUAACAGAAGGAGAGAAAAGACGAAAUAAAAUAAAAAGAAAGAGGAAACAGAAGAGGUGAUUGUUUUUCAUCUCUCAGUAGGUGGUUUCGAUUAUAAAUGUUAGAGGAGAUGAAUGGUAAUAAAAACGAGAUUCAGAUCAUAUGCAAACUCAUUAUUAAAUUCAAACUAAGAAAUAUUUACAACCUUCCAACAUCAUAUAAAUAGGCAAGCAUCACAUAGUUCAAUUUAUUCUUUUUUCUAAAUUCUGCCUUUUUUGAUAAAUAGAUCAUCGCUGUUUCUUCUCAUUCAUCUCGUCAAUUAUAUUUAAAUAAAAGGAAUAUUAUGGCUGAACCAUUAAUAUGUCCAUUAUGUAAGAGUAUUAUGGGUAAUUCUAUUGAUGGUAUAGCUAUUUAUGGUUGUGGACAUAUGAUCUGUGGUGAAUGUUUCUAUGAUUUACAUCAUCAAAGUUAUAAAUGUUUUGUAUAACAAAUUGAUACAGUUGCUAAUAUAACAUUAAAUACAUGUUCUAUUGGUAGAACUAAUCGUAUGUUUAUACCAUAUAUAUUUAAUAUAACAAAUUCAUGUUUAAAACUUGAAAAUGAAAUUCAAAUUGAUUUUGAAUCACCUGUUCUUUAUGCAUUAAAACAAGCUGAUGCAUAUAAUGACACAGUACCACCACUGUGUACAGCUAAUGUUCAAAAUGGUGUAUGUCAUGUACAAUUUAUUCGAAAAGAACCAUGUUCAUUUAGUUGGGAUUGGGGUCCAGCUUUUGCUCCAAUUAGUAUUCCAGGUAAUAUAUAUUUUGAAGGUGUAAAUACAACAGAAAUAAUUAUUGCACUUGAAACUGUUAAUCUUGCUUCGUAUAAUACAGUAGAUAAAACUUGUAAUUGGAUACCAUCAGAUUCAUUUCAAGAACGUGUUAGUGAUGAAAAACUUGAACGUUUACUACGUUCAGCUCAAUUAUCAAAUAUGAAUAUGUUACGUAUAUGGGAUGGUGGAAUAUAUGAACGUAAUUCAUUUUAUGAAAUAGCUGAUCGUCUAGGUAUAAUGUUAUGGCAUGAUUUUAUGUUUGCUUGUAGUCUUUAUCCUGUUGAUGAACCAUUUUUAACAAAUGUUCAUGAUGAAGUUAUUUAUCAAGUUAAACGAGUUCAACAUCAUCCAUCUAUUGGUGUAUCACAAGAAAAAAUGAAAAAAACAAAAGAUGAUUAUAGAAAAUUAUAUGCUGAUACAAUUAUCGAUGCUGUUAAACAAAUUGAUAAAGGAAAUAAUCGACCAUUUGUUACUUCAUCACCAUCAAAUGGACUUGAAACAAUAAUUGAAAAUUAUAUUGCUAAGGAUCCUCAAGAUCCACUUUAUGGUGAUGUUCAUUUUUAUGGAUAUCAAGAUGAUUCAUGGGAUUCAACAACAUAUCAUAUCGGAUUUAAAUUUUAA